AUGAUAACGACCACUCACGGUGAAACAGAAGAGCAGACUUCUAUAGCAUCUACAUCUGAAAUAUCCAGCAGCCAACCAGUUUCCACUGCAACGAUUUCAGGAUCGACUGCCGCAACCGAGGAACAUACAUCUGUACCAUCUACACCUGAAAUAUCGAGCAGCCAACCAGAAUCCACUACAAAGAUUUCAGGAUCGACUGCCGCAACCGAGGAACAUACAUCUGUACCAUCUACACCAGAAAUAUCGAGCAGCCAACCAGAAUCAACUACAACGAUUUCAGGAUCGACUGCCGCAACCGAAGAACAUACAUCUGUACCAUCUACACCUGAAAUAUCGAGCAGCCAACCAGAAUCCACUACAACGAUUUCAGGAUCGACUGCCGCAACAGAGGAACAUACAUCUGUACCAUUUACACCAGAAAUAUCGAGCAGCCAACCAGAAUCAACUACAACGAUUUCAGGAUCGACUGCCGCAACCGAAGAACAUACAUCUGUGCCAUCUACACUUGAAAUAUCGAGCAGCCAACCAGAAUCCACUCCAAAGAUUUCAGGAUCGACUGCCGUAACCGAGGAACAUACAUCUGUGCCAUCUACACCUGAUAUAUCGAGCAGCCAACCAGAAUCCACUCCAAAGAUUUCAGGAUCGACUGCCGCAACCGAGGAACAUACAUCUGUACCAUCUAUACCAGAAAUAUCGAGCAGCCAACCAGAAUCCACUACAAAGAUUUCAGGAUCGACUGCCGUAACCGAGGAACAUACAUCUGUACCAUUUACACCAGAAAUAUCGAGCAGCCAACCAGAAUCCACUACAACGAUUUCAGGAUCAACUGCCGCAACCGAAGAACAUACAUCUUUACCAUCUACACCAGAAAUAUCGAGCAGCCAACCAGAAUCCACUACAACGAUUUCAGGAUCGACUGCCGCAACCGAGGAACAUACAUCUGUAACAUCUACACCAGAAAUAUCGAGCAGCCAACCAGAAUCCACUACAACGAUUUCAGGAUCAACUGCCGCAAGCGAAGAACAUACAUCUUUACAAUCUACACCUGAAAUAUCGAGCAUCCAACCAGAAUCCACUACAACGAUUUCAGGAUUGACUGCCGCAACCGAGGAACAUACAUCUGUACCAUUUACACCUGAAAUAUCGAGCAGCCAACCAGAAUCCACUACAACGAUUUCAGGAUCGACUGCCGUAACCGAGGAACAUACAUCUGUACCAUCUACACUUGAAAUAUCGAGCAGCCAACCAGAAUCCACUACAACGAUUUCAGGAUCGACUGCCGCAACCGACGAACAUACAUCUGUACCAUUUACACCAGAAAUAUCUAGCAGCCAACCAGAAUCCACUACAAAGAUUUCAGGAUCAACUGCCGUCACCGAGGAACAUACAUCUGUGCCAUUUACACCUGAAAUAUCGAGCAGCCAACCAGAAUCAACUACAAAGAUUUCAGGACCGACUGCCGCAACCGAGGAACAUACAUCUGUGCCAUCUACACCUGAAAUAUCUAGCAGCCAACCAGAAUCCACUACAACGAUUUCAGGACCGACUGCCGCAACCGAGGAACAUACAUCUGUACCAUUUACACCAGAAAUAUCUAGCAGCCAACCAGAAUCAACUACAAAGAUUUCAGGAUCAACUGCCGUCACCGAGGAACAUACAUCUGUGCCAUUUACACCUGAAAUAUCGAGCAGCCAACCAGAAUCAACUACAAAGAUUUCAGGAUCAACUGCCGAACAUACAUCUGUACCAUCUACACCUGAAAUAUCGAGCAGCCAACCAGAAUCCACUACAACGAUUUCAGGAUCGACUGCCGCAACCGAGGAACAUACAUCUGUGCCAUCUACACCUGAAAUAUCGAGCAGCCAACCAGAAUCCACUACAACGAUUUCAGGACCGACUGCCGCAACCGAGGAACAUACAUCUGUACCAUUUACACCAGAAAUAUCGAGCAGCCAACCAGAAUCCACUACAACGAUUUCAGGAUCAACUGCCGCAACCGAAGAACAUACAUCUUUACAAUCUACACCAGGAAUAUCGAGCAUCCAACCAGAAUCCACUACAACGAUUUCAGGAUUGACUGCCGCAACCGAGGAACAUACAUCUGUACCAUUUACACCAGAAAUAUCGAGCAGCCAACCAGAAUCCACUACAACGAUUUCAGGAUCGACUGCCGCAACCGAGGAACAUACAUCUGUGCCAUCUACACCUGAAAUAUCGAGCAGCCAACCAGAAUCCACUCCUACAACGAUUUCAGGAUCGACUGCCGCAACCGAGGAACAUACAUCUGUGCCAUCUACACCUGAAAUAUCGAGCAGCCAACCAGAAUCCACUACAACGAUUUCAGGACCGACUGCCGCAACCGAGGAACAUACAUCUGUACCAUCUACACCAGAAAUAUCGAGCAGCCAACCAGAAUCCACUACAACGAUUUCAGGAUCGACUGCCGCAACCGAGGAACAUACAUCUGUACCAUCUACACCAGAAAUAUCGAGCAGCCAACCAGAAUCCACUACAACGAUUUCAGGAUCGACUGCCGCAACCGAGGAACAUACAUCUGUAUCCAUUUACACCAGAAAUAUCGAGCAGCCAAAUCCACUACAACGAUUUCAGGAUCGACUGCCGCAACCGAAGGAACAUACAUCUUUACAAUCUACACCAGAAAUAUCGAGCAUCCAACCAGAAUCCACUACAACGAUUUCAGGAUCGACUGCCGCAACCGAGGAACAUACAUCUGUACCAUCUACACCAGAAAUAUCGAGCAGCCAACCAGAAUCCACUACAACGAUUUCAGGAUCGACUGCCGUAACCGAGGAACAUACAUCUGUACCAUCUACACCUGAAAUAUCGAGCAGCCAACCAGAAUCCACUACAACGAUUUCAGGAUCGACUGCCGCAACCGAGGAACAUACAUCUGUGCCAUCUACACCUGAAAUAUCGAGCAGCCAACCAGAAUCCACUACAACGAUUUCAGGACCGACUGCCGCAACCGAGGAACAUACAUCUGUACCAUUUACACCAGAAAUAUCGAGCAGCCAACCAGAAUCCACUACAACGAUUUCAGGAUCAACUGCCGCAACCGAAGAACAUACAUCUUUACCAUCUACACCAGGAAUAUCGAGCAUCCAACCAGAAUCUACUACAACGAUUUCAGGAUUGACUGCCGCAACCCGAGGAACAUACAUCUGUACCAUCUACACCAGAAAUAUCGAGCAGCCAACCAGAAUCCACUACAACGAUUUCAGGAUCGACUGCCGCAACCGAGGAACAUACAUCUCACCAACCAGAAUCCACUAUCGGAUCGACUGCCGCCAACCAGGAACAUCCAUCCUGUGCCAUCUACACCAGAACGAUUUCAGGAUCGACUGCCGCAACCGAGGAACAUACAUCUUUGCCAUCUACACCAGAAAAUAUCGAGCAGCCAACCAGAAUCUACUACAACGAUUUCAGGAUCGACUGCCAACCGAGGAACAUACAUCUGUGCCAUCUACACCUGAAAUAUCGAGCAGCCAACCAGAAUCCACUACAAAGAUUUCAGGAUCGACUGCCGCAACCGAGGAACAUACAUCUGUACCAUCUACACCAGAAAUAUCGAGCAGCCAACCAGAAUCCACUACAACGAUUUCAGGAUCGACUGCCGCAACCGAGGAACAUACAUCUGUACCAUCUACACCUGAAAUAUCGAGCAGCCAACCAGAAUCCACUACAACGAUUUCAGGAUCGACUGCCGCAACCGAGGAACAUACAUCUGUACCAUCUACACCUGAAAUAACGAGCAGCCAACCAGAAUCCACUACAACGAUUUCAGGACCGACUGCCGCAACCGAGGAACAUACAUCUGUACCAUCUACACCAGAAAUAUCGAGCAGCCAACCAGAAUCCACUACAAAGAUUUCAGGAUCGACUGCCGCAACCGAGGAACAUACAUCUGUACCAUCUACACCAGAAAUAUCGAGCAGCCAACCAGAAUCUACUACAACGAUUUCAGGAUCGACUGCCGCAACCGAGGAACAUACAUCUGUGCCAUCUACACCAGAAAUAUCGAGCAGCCAACCAGAAUCCACUACAACGAUUUCAAGACCGACUGCCGCAACCGAGGAACAUACAUCCGUACCAUCUACACCAGAAAUAACGAGCAGCCAACCAGAAUCAACUACAACGAUUUCAGGAUCGACUGCCGUAACCGAGGAACAUACAUCUGUACCAUCUACACCUGAAAUAUCGAGCAGCCAACCAGAAUCCACUACAACGAUUUCAGGAUCGACUGCCGCAACCGAGGAACAUACAUCUGUACCAUCUACACCUGAAAUAUCGAGCAGCCAACCAGAAUCCACUACAACGAUUUCAGGAUCGACUGCCGCAACCGAGGAACAUACAUCUGUACCAUCUACACCUGAAAUAUCGAGCAGCCAACCAGAAUCCACUACAACGAUUUCAGGAUCGACUGCCGCAACCGAGGAACAUUCAUCUGUGCCAUCUACACCUGAAAUAUCGAGCAGCCAACCAGAAUCCACUACAACGAUUUCAGGAUCGACUGCCGCAACCGAGGAACAUACAUCUGUGCCAUCUACACCCCUGAAAUAUCGAGCAGCCAACCAGAAUCCACUACAACGAUUUCAGGAUCGACUGCCCCAACCAGAAUCCACUACAACGAUUUCAGGAUCGACUGCCGCAACCGAGGAACAUACAUCUGUGCCAUCUACACCUGAAAUAUCGAGCAGCCAACCAGAAUCCACUACAACGAUUUCAGGAUCGACUGCCGCAACCGAGGAACAUACAUCUGUGCCAUCUACACCUGAAAUAUCGAGCAGCCAACCAGAAUCAACUACAACGAUUUCAGGAUCGACUGCCGUAACCGAGGAACAUACAUCUGUACCAUCUACACCUGAAAUAUCGAGCAGCCAACCAGAAUCCACUACAACGAUUUCAGGAUCGACUGCCGCAACCGAGGAACAUACAUCUGUGCCAUCUACACCUGAAAUAUCGAGCAGCCAACCAGAAUCCACUACAACGAUUUCAGGAUCGACUGCCGCAACCGAGGAAUAUACAUCUGUGCCAUCUACACCUGAAAUAUCGAGCAGCCAACCAGAAUCAACUACAACGAUUUCAGGAUCGACUGCCGUAACCGAGGAACAUACAUCUGUACCAUCUACACCUGAAAUAUCGAGCAGCCAACCAGAAUCCACUACAACGAUUUCAGGAUCGACUGCCGCAACCGAGGAACAUACAUCUGUGCCAUCUACACCUGAAAUAUCGAGCAGCCAACCAGAAUCCACUACAACGAUUUCAGGAUCGACUGCCGCAACCGAGGAACAUACAUCUGUACCAUCUACACCUGAAAUAUCGAGCAGCCAACCAGAAUCCACUACAACGAUUUCAGGAUCGACUGCCGUAACCGAGGAACAUACAUCUGUACCAUCUACACCUGAAAUAUCGAGCAGCCAACCAGAAUCCACUACAACGAUUUCAGGAUCGACUGCCGCAACCGAGGAACAUACAUCUGUGCCAUCUACACCUGAAAUAUCGAGCAGCCAGCCAGAAUCCACUACAACGAUUUCAGGAUCGACUGCCGCAACCGAGGAACAUACAUCUGUACCAUCUACACCUGAAAUAUCGAGCAGCCAACCAGAAUCCACUACAACGAUUUCAGGAUCGACUGCCGCAACCGAGGAACAUACAUCUGUGCCAUCUACACCUGAAAUAUCGAGCAGCCAACCAGAAUCCACUACAACGAUUUCAGGACCGACUGCCGCAACCGAGGAACAUACAUCUGUACCAUCUACACCAGAAAUAUCGAGCAGCCAACCAGAAUCCACUACAAAGAUUUCAGGAUCGACUGCCGCAACCGAGGAACAUACAUCUGUACCAUUUACACCAGAAAUAUCGAGCAGCCAACCAGAAUCCACUACAAAGAUUUCAGGAUCGACUGCCGUCACCGAGGAACAUACAUCUGUGCCAUCUACACCAGAAAUAUCGAGCAGCCAACCAGAAUCCACUACAAAGAUUUCAGGAUCGACUGCCGUCACCGAGGAACAUACAUCUGUGCCAUCUACACCAGAAAUAUCGAGCAGCCAACCAGAAUCCACUACAAAGAUUUCAGGAUCGACUGCCGCAACCGAGGAACAUACAUCUGUACCAUCUACACCAGAAAUAUCGAGCAACCAACCAGAAUCUACUACAACGAUUUCAGGAUCAACUGCCGCAACCGAAGAACAUACAUCUGUACCAUCUACACCUGAAAUAUCGAGCAGCCAACCAGAAUCUACUACAACGAUUUCAGGAUCGACUGCCGCAACCGAGGAACAUACAUCUGUACCAUCUAAACCAGAAAUAUCGAGCAGCCAACCAGAAUCAACUACAACGAUUUCAGGAUCGACUGCCGCAACCGAAGAACAUACAUCUGUACCAUUUACACCUGAAAUAUCGAGCAGCCAACCAGAAUCAACUACAACGAUUUCAGGAUCGACUGCCGCAACCGAAGAACAUACAUCUGUACCAUCUACACCUGAAAUAUCGAGCAGCCAACCAGAAUCCACUACAAAGAUUUCAGGAUCGACUGCCGUAAGCGAGGAACAUACAUCUGUACCAUCUACACCUGAAAUAUCGAGCAGCCAACCAGAAUCAACUACAACGAUUUCAGGAUCGACUGCAGCAACCGAAGAACAUACAUCUGUACCAUCUACACCUGAAAUAUCGAGCAGCCAACCAGAAUCCACUACAACGAUUUCAGGAUCGACUGCCGCAACCGAAGAACAUACAUCUGUACCAUCUACACCUGAAAUAUCGAGCAGCCAACCAGAAUCAAUUACAACGAUUUCAGGAUCGACUGCCGCAACCGAAGAACAUACAUCUGUACCAUUUACACCAGAAAUAUCGAGCAGCCAACCAGAAUCCACUACAAAGAUUUCAGGAUCGACUGCCGUAAGCGAGGAACAUACAUCUGUACCAUCUACACCUGAAAUAUCGAGCAGCCAACCAGAAUCAACUACAACGAUUUCAGGAUCGACUGCCGCAACCGAAGAACAUACAUCUGUACCAUCUACACCUGAAAUAUCGAGCAGCCAACCAGAAUCCACUACAACGAUUUCAGGAUCGACUGCCGCAACCGAAGAACAUACAUCUGUACCAUCUACACCAGAAAUAUCGAGCAGCCAACCAGAAUCCACUACAACGAUUUCAGGAUUGACUGCCGCAACCGAGGAACAUACAUCUGUACCAUCUACACCUGAAAUAUCGAGCAGCCAACAAGAAUCAACUACAACGAUUUCAGGUCCGUGUACUCAAGCUAUGAGCCGCCCGAAUCCAACAAAUUGUUCCAAAUAUUUCCAAUGCGUCGCUGGAGAAGAAAUGGAAUAUACUUGCCCCAUGGGAUCAUUGUUCGAUAAAGAAUAUCUAAUCUGUUAUCCAGCCAACUUGGUUCAAUGCGCAGAGAAAGUAGCCACCACAGUUCCACCUCCCAAAACAACUACAGCGUUAAAAGGCAUGUGUAUAAUUUUUGAAGAAUAUUUUUACGUGAUCUCUCGGUUGUAG